UGAUCAAUAACUCCAACACCAGCAACGUGAAUGACAGUGAGGAGAUGAAAGCAGUCAUGCAGGCCUACUCCAAGAAACGAGAAAUCAGUGCACAAGAAUGUGUUGCCAGAGCAUGUGGACUGAAGAUGAAGAAGUGUUCCCGAGCUGUAGUUUUCAUACCAACAGAUGAGAACCCUCUGAGAAUGAGCCGCCCUCUGUCUUUCCUUGAGAACACCACUGAUGAAUCUACAAACAUCUGGAUGACAUCUUUGGCGGAUAAGUAUAAGAACAGACCAGAAACACCAGAGUUUGAGGAAAUGUGCAUGGCUGAUUUUGCUGCCACCUGCAGGUUUGUCCGUGAGAACAAAGGAGCUGAUGUGUUUCCACUGCUGAAUGACAUGGGCUUUGUACAGAGGAGAAAGAACGAUAAGCCAGCUGUGAUCAGAUAUUACCGCUGCUCAGAGGAAAGAGAUUCUGAGAACUUCCAUGGCAGAUUACUGAAGCUGUACCUUCCACACAGAUCAGAUGAGGAUCUAAAGAGACCAGGCUUUCCAACCUACCAGAGCUUUUACAGAGCCGGCUGGGUGCAGCUGCCAGGCUGGAACCACGGCCGGUCGGUGGAAGUGAUCGUCAAACAGAACAGAGAAAAAUAUGAGAAAAACAGUGAAGAGAUUGAGAAAGCUGUUGAAGAGUUUCAAGAGAAUCAAGGUGUGAUGGAUGAGUGGUGUAACCUUGCUCCUCAGUCUGAAGUUGUGAGAGUGGACUACGAUGAUGAUGCAGAACAACCACAUCCUGAUGAUCCUGAGCAGGAAAAUGUCCCUGAGUACAGCCGUCAAGCUGAUGCAGUCAGUGAAGCCAGAGUGACCAGAGAGCCUCCUGUGAUCGAUCCAGCUGUGUUAAGACACAUGUAUCAGAGUCUCAACCUAAAGCAGGCUGGUUUCUUUUACACUGUGAGAGAAUGGUGCAUUCGCAGAGUCUGUGGCCUUUGUCCAGAGCAGUUUUUCUACUACAUAAAUGGAGGGGCGGGUACUGGAAAAUCCCAUCUCAUCAAAUGUAUUCACUCUGAAGCAUCGAAGAUCCUGAGGAAUGUUCCACGACAUUGUGACGAGGUUGACAUCAGUAAGCCUACUGUCCUGCUGACGGCUUUCACUGGAACAGCAGCGUUUAACAUUUCAGGUUCAACUCUCCAUUCACUGCUGAAGCUUCCCAGAAGUCUCAAACCUCCAAUCCAAGGUCUUGGUAACAAGCUGGAUGAAGUCAGAGCAGAGCUCCUCAACGCUGAAAUCCUGAUCAUUGACGAGGUGUCCAUGGUUUCCAGGCCGUUGUUUGUCUACGUUGAUGCUCGACUAAAGCAGAUCAAAGGCAGUCAGAGACCUUUUGGAGGAGUUUCUGUCAUUGCUGUUGGAGAUUUUUAUCAACUUCCUCCAGUGAGGCAUUCCACUCCUCUGUGUGUGUUUGACCCCUCUGAAAUCGACUUGUGGCACGAGCACUUCCAGAUGAUCACUCUGACUGAGAUCAUGCGGCAGAAAGAUGACGUUGCUUUUGCAGAGAUGCUGAACAGGAUCCGAGUCAAAGACAAGUCUGCUGAGUUGUCUGAAGCUGACAGAGCUUUGAUUUAUCAGACUGUAACAGAACCAGCUCUUUGUCCAACUGAUGUCCUGCACAUCUAUGCUACGAACAAACAGGUGGAUGCACACAACUCUGCAAGGCUGGCUGAACUGUUUGACAACAUAAUCACCAUUGAUGCAGAUGACUUCGAGAAAGAUCCUCAGUCUGGCAGAAUGACACGGAAACAAACACCAGUCAAAGGAGGCCGAAAUGAGCUACCAGACUCUCUACAGGUUGCUGAGGGCGUUCGAGUCAUGCUGACCAGAAACAUUGAUGUACAAAGUGGUCUUGUCAAUGGAAGUUUUGGCACUCUGGUGCGCUGCAUCUCAGAAAAUGAUCAUGUUACUAAGCUGGGUCUCCGAAUGGACAGUCACGUGUCUUCAGAGCAAAAUGAUGAUGUGGUUUAUAUUCAGAGAGAGGAAGACAACCUGAAGCAGAAAGGUGUGGUGCGCAGACAGUUCCCCAUCAAGCUGGCUUUUGCAUGUACCAUCCACAAGGUCCAGGGAAUGAGUAUGCAGUCUGCUGUGGUGUCACUGAAGAACAUCUUUGAACCUGGGAUGGCUUAUGUUGCUGUGAGCAGAGUCACUUCCCUCGGUGGACUCUUCAUUGUAGACAUGGAUGAGAGUAAGUUCUAUGCCAGUCAACAGAUCACUGCAGCCCUGGAGAGCAUGAGACAAGCCAGUCCAGCUGAGAUGAUGCCCCUUCUACAGAUGAGAGAAACCCUGAGCAGACCUGAUACCCUGACCAUCAUCCACCAUAACACUGAGGGAUUACCGGCUCACAUCAAUGACAUCAAGAGCCACCAUGAAAUGUGUUUGGCUGACAUCUUGUGUCUCACUGAAACCCAUUUGCAGGGCUCCUUUGUUGCAGACAGUCUUCAGUUACCAGGCUACAACCUGUUCAGACGUAACAGACACCUGUCCUACAGCAACUUCCCUCAGAUUGCCAGCAGAGGUGGUGGAGGAGUAGCCAUCUAUGUGAGAAACCACAUCCAAGCUCGAGAGAAGCAGUAUCUGCUGAAUGUCACUGAUCUUGAGUUUGUGGCCUUGAAGCUUGAUGCUCCAGUGAGUGCUAUCAUCGCAGCAGUGUACAGACCUCCUAACUAUGACAUGACUUCUUUCCUGGCUAAUCUCAGCAGCCUUCUGGACUCUCUGGAGAUUCUCGACUGUCAGCCCAUCAUUGUCUGUGGAGACUUUAAUGAAAACCUUUCAUCCACAGCCAAGAAGCCCAUUCUAGAGCUGUUUCAGACCAGAGGUUAUGCUCAACUCAUUACUGCUUCCACCACAGAGAAGAACACACUGCUGGACCUGAUUUUCAUUUCACAGCCCGGCCACUGUGUCCAGUCUGGUGUCCUGAGAACAUAUCACAGCUAUCAUGACCCUGUUUACUGUGUCCUGACUUUCAGCAACGCAUGAAACAGAGCAAGACCGCUGAACGGGACUAAAUCACCAAGUACAAAGUCUGGAUAGAACAAACAUGAUUUACGGCCAGCUCUACGCAGUAAUAAAUAACCAAGGAAAGUAUCAAAUUCUAAUGUCAUGUUACCACUGAAAUCAACAUUUUGUGAAACAGGAUGAAUCACUAACUGGAAAAAGUCUGGAUGGAACAAAUUCAACUAAUGUCACUUUAUAGCUGUAAUUCAGUCUGCUAAACAGGACUGAGUGAGGCAAAACAUUCUGUUUCUAUCAAGUAUUUUAAAAGGUCCUAAAUCAGGUAAGGUGUGUGAAAGUCUUUCAAAGUAAUUAUGUUGUUGUUCUGUAUUGAAUUAACUCACUUUGAAUAAACAUUUUUGUUUGUUUCAAUCAAGUAUUUUAAAAGGUUCUGAAUCAGGUAAGGUGUGUGAAAGUCUUUUAAAGUAUACUUGUUGUUCUUUAUUGAAUUAUUGCACUUUAAAUAACUUUUUUUUGUUUCAAGUAUGUUAAAAUGUGCUGAAAUCAGGUAAGGUGUGUGAAAGUCUUUUAGAGUAAUCAUGUUGUUGUUCUUUAUUGAAUUAAUGCACUAUAAAUAACAUUUUUUGUUUCAAUCAAGUAUGUUAAAACAUUCUGAAAUCAGGUGUGUGAAAGUCUUUUAAAGUAAUCAUGUUGUUGUUCUUUAUUGAACUGCCUCCCUUUAAUUAACUUUUUUGUUUCAAUCAAGUAUUUUAAAAGGUUCUGGAUUAGGUAAGGUGUGUGAAAGUCUUUCGAAGUAAUCAUGUUGUCGUUUUGUAUUGAAUUAACUCACUUCAAAUAACAUUUUCUGUUUCAAGUAUUUUUAAAGGUUCUGAAUCAGGUAAGGUGUGUGGAAGUCUUUUGAAGUAAUUGUGUUGCUGUUUUGUAUUGAAUUAACUCACUUUAAAUAACAUUUUCUAUUUCAAGUAUUUUCAAAGGCCAUAAAUGAGGUAACAUGCUUGACAAUCUUUUGAAGUAAUCAUGUUUUUGUGUAAUUGACAUGUAAAUCUAAUCUGUAAAUGUCUAAAAUAAUCCUGUUAUCGUGACUUUGUUAAAGUGAUAAUUGCAUUGAUAUCCCUCCCUUCCUAAUUGAUUAUAGAUAAAUCUAAUGUCUAAUGACUAAAAGACUGUAGGCCUGUGCAUUCAUCAUGUGGGUGGGUCUGGGUCAGGGUUGGUGAAUGCACAGGCCACAACACUCUUCUGGGUCAGAGCUUCAUUCAGUCACAUGCUCUGUGGUGUAACUAACACCUGCCCAGUAGUUUGAAUCCUUCUUCAGUCCCCUUUGAGGACUGGAGCUGGACGACCUCCAGACUGUCCACUGUGGGGUCCUCUGAGUCACCUGUCUGAGCCGUCUCCAAGAGUGCCUGUCAGAUUCACCUGUCAGGUCCUGCAGAGCAUCAGUGUCUUCAGUCCCAGCACGUCCAUCAGCCAUCAAGCAGUCAUCAGUGCUGGACAUGAGAGAGACGUGGACGUCCCUGGUACCACCAGACAUUCUCCAGGGUUUGAGAUGGGACGGCACCUGCCGGCCUUCAUUCUCCCCUGAGAGCAGAAGACGCCCUGGUGCUCUGAGGACACUGCUGGACGUCCAGACUAGACGUCCUCCUGUCAGUCCCCAUGUGUCCUCUCAGCGGAGCUGCAGACAUUCUGACUGAACCAAGAGGAACAAACUUGAACUCCAGUCCUGACGUGGGCCUGCACUGUGUCUCGAGGAUGGAGUGUUUCCCUCUGCCCUCCACCUUCACCUCAGAGGAGCCUCCAUGCUGACGCCCUCACUGUGGAGCUGCUGCAAGUCUCUCCUCAUCAAAGUGACGGGACUCUGCAGCGCUGAUGAAGAGGAGGACUGAUUCCUGUUUCCUCCAUCAUGAACAACUGAAGUGCACAACAGGGUCCUGUUGGGUCUCCUGUUCUCUCUGAACAACAUGGACAAGAGCUGUGAGAGCAGCAGCCGUCCAGCCAAGGACAGAACAAGCUUCAUCUGGAGGAAACAGCUGGUCUGAGCUGCUGGACAUAUAGAACUCAGUCUGACUCUUGAAGGACUCAGAAGAGGAAAGCUGUCCUGAUUGAUCUGGGAGGUACGACGAGCCUCUACUGCAUGUUCUUCUUUGUCCCUGAAGCCCAACCGGAAUAGCAGAAAGCCGCCACCUCUGAGCCUGGUUCUGCAAAGGUUUCUUCCUGUUCAAGGGAGUUUUUCCUUUCCACUGUCGCUGAUGCUUGCUCAUGUGGAUCUGUUGGGUUUCAGUUCUGUUUUUUGUCUCUUAAAACAAGACAAAUGGACAUAAUUUUGUUUUAUUCAUUGAAACGUCAAACUAUGCGCUGGUUAACACUAAAUAUAUGCUAUUUUCUUUUGUCAGUGUUGAAGUUUAGAUCUUGAUGAACAGUUAAUAAAAUGUCUAUCUUACAUGAACACUGCUGCCUUAUUUUUAGAUGUAUCCAAAAAGAUUCUGCCUUUCACUGUGUUUUAACAUGGCAUUACAUCAAAUCAGUUUUAUAUUAACUUUUCGAGUAACAUUUUACCAUUCACCCAUCCAAGUUUUAAGACACAACUUUAUGAUGC